AUGAGAGCUGGAGACCCAGAGAGGGCAAACAGCAUCAAGGUCAAAGUUGAGUCAACUCUGCCCUUUGUGGAGGGAGCUGCGCAGACAGCUGGCCCUCUGCACGGGUUUGCAACUCGGCUCCUGGAAACAGCGGGAGACGUCGAAGGAGGCGAGAAGGUGCGUGCGCCCCUCUCACCAGGCCCGCGGAUGCUGGGUGAGGGCUCAGGGAAAGACUGCGGAAAGCGCGGCGCACAAGCGAGCUGGCAUCACCGGGGAUUCCCUCCGGCCCGGUGGGACUCCGGCGCGCUUGUAGCGAGGACCCCCAGCCCAGGGCAGAGCCUACCCUCCGCUCCCCCAGUCUGGGCCCUUGGCGGCCGCAGUCGCCCAAGCCCGCCCCGCCUCCUCGCGCGGCCCUCUCCGGCUCAGUGCCCUGCGCUGCCGGGAAGCAGGCUGAGGGGCGCACCGGGCGGCGGGCGGGGACCUGGGGAAGGCCGGGAGCGCGGGGACCGAGGACGCACGCGGCGGGCCGGGCCGCGCGCGCCUCCCCCCUCCCCCGAGGCCCGAGCGCGAGCCGCCGUGACGUCACGGGCAACCCGCCAGCCCCGCGCUCCUCCGGGCAGAGCGCGUGUGGCGGCCGAGCACAUGGGCCCGCGGGCCGGGCGGGCUCGGGGCGGCCGGGACGAGGAGGGGCGACGAGGAGCUGCGAGCAAAGAUGUGCCCCGGGACCCCCGGCACCUUCCAGUGGAUUUCCUUGCGGAAAGGAUGUUGGCGGUCCCUGUGACCUGUGGAGACACGGCCAGAUCUGCCCUCCAGCCUGAUCUUUUGGCCAGAAGGAGAUUAAAAAGAUGCCCCGCAAGAUGGCUGUGCCUGUCAACUGCAUGGAGCUUCGUUCAAGUAUUUUCUGAGCCUGAUGGAUUUACAGUGAUCUUCAGUGGUCUGGGGAAUAACGCUGGUGGAACCAUGCACUGGAAUGACACACGCCCGGCACAUUUCAGGAUACUAAAAGUGGUUUUAAGGGAGGCUGUGGCUGAAUGCCUCAUGGAUUCUUACAGCUUGGAUGUCCAUGGGGGACGAAGGACUGCAGCUGGCUGAGAGGGUUGAGAUCUCUGUUUACUUAGAUCUCUGCCAACUUCCUUUGGGUCUCCCUAUGGAAUGUAAGACCCCGACUCUUCCUGGUGAAGCAUCUGAUGCACGUUCCAUCCGGCGCUCAGCUGGGCUUGAGCUGACCACACUCCCUGGAGCCUUCUCCCGAGGUGCGCGGGUGACCUUGGCACAUACAGCCAUCGUGAUGGUACUUUAAGUGGAGGCUGAAUCAUCUCCCCUUUGAGCUGCUUGGCACGUGGCUCCCUUGGUGUUCCCCUUUUACUGCCAGGACACUGAGAUUUGGAGAGAGUCUCACUCUGUGGUCCAGGCUGAAGUACAGUGGCAUGAUCCCAGGUCACUGCAACCCCCACCUCCCGGGUUCAAGUGAUUCUCCUGCCUCAGCCUCCCGAGUAGCUGGUAUUACAAGCGUGUGCCACAAAGCCUGGCUAAGUUUUGUAUUUUUAGUAGAGACGGGGUUUCACCAUGUUGGCCAGGUUGGUCUCGAACUCCUGACCUCAAGUGAUCCACCCACUUUGGCCUUUCAACGUGCUGGGAUUACAGGCGAGAGUCACCGCACCCGGACGACUUUGACAUUUUUGAAGAGUCCAGAAUCCUGUUACACCUGGGAUUUAGGCACUUUCAAUCUGAAAAAAUACAUAUCCUUUCAGCACUCUGGACGGACUUGAGAACUGUCCUUACGUGACCUAAAGCUGGAGUAUUUUGAGAUUGGAGAAUUAAGGCCAACAGAGAUUUUCAGAAACACAUUGAAGGAUCUGUUAACACUUGAUAUACCCAAUAAAAGCAGUGGUUGUGCCAGUGCUGAUCUGUCUUGAUGUGAAUGUGAACAAUGGGAACCUGAGCUGAGCAGUUAAUGCUAGGGUGACAGAAACUGGACCUCUCCCAAGACAUGUGACAGAGUAAUACAGCAGCCAACUUCUUCGCCAAAUUAAAGUUUUACAAGAUUUAACCUGUCAUCAAGACCUGGGAUUUUGGUGUUUGUUUGCAUUCCUGAGGCCAUGUCAGCAACAGGCUUGGAAAGGGAAGUGGGGGACAGCCUUGAAGCAUCUGGCCUAUGUCUGCAACCAAGUCAUCGGAACACAGAAGGGACCUUGCAGCCAUUGUAUCUUUGUGCUCAGAGCCAGUCUUGGUGCUCUAUGUUCACCUGGUUCAUCUGAGGAGCUGCAUCUACCCUGCCCAUGCCAUAGAUCCUGCCCUGUUUGCUUCUCCUGUUGCUGCUAGUGGACAUGAGAAGGACAGAAUAACGGGCUCCCAGAUUCACAAGCCCCACCAAGAGGAUCACCCCAGGAACGCUUGGAGGCUGAGGAGUUCACUGAGGCUACUGCAUCUUGAGACUCAGGAUGAAGACCCAGCUUGGGGCUGUCAAAGGUUUUUUGCAUGUCUGACACCCAUGACUCCACCUGAACCUGAUGGCUCCACCCAGAAGCAAUUCAGCCCAACAGGAGGACAGCUUCAACCCAUUACGAUUUCAUCUCUGCCCCAACCACUCAGCAGCAAGCACCUGUUACCUGUCCACCCCCACCCCUUCCCCCAAACUGCCUUUGAAAAAUCCCUAACCUAUGAGCUUUGAAUAAGAUGAGUAUGAACUCCAUCGCCCACGUGGCGUGGCUGGCCUCGUGUCUAGUAAAUUCUUUUUCUACUACAA